AUGAAAGACCUCAAGAUACCCGGAGCCCUUAUUUCCCAACUCUCAAAGGUUAUGGAUAAAUCUCCUCCAUCACAGAUGGCCAAUCUGCUAGCUUCAGUAAUUGAAACUACUUUUGAUGAGAAACUGGAAAUGCUGGAGACUACCGACCUGAAAGUUCGACUGAGACGAGUCAAUGAAUGGAUGACUCGGCAGCUGCAUGUUCUCAAGAUUACACAGCAAAUUCAAUCGAACAUUGAUGGAAAAUUAGACAAGAAGCGCCGGGAAUUCUACCUCAGACAACAGUUAAAUGCGAUUAAGGAAGAGCUAGGAGAGAAGGGUGACGAUUCCGCUGCAGCAGAUGGAGAUGAUGACGAAUUAUCUGAAUUGAAGCGUCGUCUGGAUGCCGCUAAACUCUCAAAGGAUGCUCAAAUUGUAGCUGAUCGUGAACUCAAGCGUCUGAAAAAGCUCCAUCCAUCAUCGGUUGAAUGGUCUGUCGUACGUACAUACUUGGAUGUUGUUGCAGAUCUGCCCUGGAGCAAGUCAAGUGACGACAUGAUUGACAUUCAUCGGGCUCGUGAGCAGUUAGAAGCUGAUCACUACGGACUGGAAACCGCCAAGAAAAGAAUUCUGGAAUAUCUUUCUGUCGUCAAAGUCAAAGGAGAUCUGAAAGCCCCAAUUAUCUGCUUUGUGGGACCGCCUGGCGUUGGAAAGACCUCUCUCGGAAAGUCAAUCGCAGCAGCAACUGGUCGUGAGUUCCAUAGAAUUUCGUUAGGAGGUGUUCGUGAUGAAGCCGAUAUUCGGGGUCAUCGGCGAACGUAUGUUGGAGCCAUGCCUGGUCUCAUUGUUCACGGCAUGCGAAAGUCAGGUGUUAAGAAUCCAAUCUAUUUACUCGACGAGAUUGACAAAAUAGUUCAAACCUCGCAUUAUGGCGAUCCUGCUGCUGCAAUGUUGGAGGUGCUGGACCCUGAGCAGAAUUCAACAUUCACCGAUCAUUAUCUCAACAUUCCGUUCGAUCUCUCCAAAGUUUUGUUCAUUGCCACGGCUAAUAGCAUUGACACCAUUCCGGCCCCUCUCCUUGAUCGUAUGGAAGUUAUUUCCUUGCCUGGAUAUACUUUUGACGAAAAAUUACAUAUUGCACGAACGUACCUGCUGCCAAAGCAAAUUAAGGAGCACGGAUUGGAAACAAAUCAAGUCUCCAUUGCAGACGAAGUUUUACUCAAAAUAAUAGAAAACUACACUCGUGAGAGUGGGGUCCGCAAUUUGGAGAGAACCAUCGCCAGCAUAGUCCGCUUUAAGUGCGUGGAAUGGGCUGAUUUGAGCGAAGCCGAUAAUGCUGACAAGUACAAUGAAGUGGUACAGGAGGACGAUUUGGAGAAUAUCUUGGGGAUUCAAUACUUUGAGAAGGAGAUUGUUCAACAAGCCGCUAUCCCAGGAGUGGUUACCGGAUUAGCUUACUCGGGUAGUGGCAAUGGUGGGAUUCUUAUGAUCGAAGCUUCCGAUAUGCCUGGCGAAGGCAACCUUCAACUGACUGGCUCUCUGGGUGAUGUAAUCAAGGAAUCCGCUCAAAUUGCAUUGACUUGGGUCAAGGCUCAUGCCUAUACACUUAAACUCACAAGUUCGCCAACCAUCAAUCUGGCCGAAAAGCGAGACGUACAUAUUCACUUUCCAGCAGGUGCGGUUUCAAAAGACGGUCCUUCUGCUGGUAUAGCAUUGACCACGACCUUGGUGUCUCUCUUUUCGGGUCGCAGCGUACCACCUACUACAGCUAUGACGGGUGAGAUUACACUUCGUGGCCGCGUACUCCCUGUUGGCGGCAUCAAAGAGAAGGUUCUUUCCGCUCACCGUGCAGGUAUUAGGAAAGUCAUUUUACCUUAUCGCAAUAGGAAAGAUGUUUCCAGUGAUAUACCGGAGUCUAUCAAACAGUCCAUAGAGUUUAUAUACGUGAAAAGCAUUUGGGAGGUUCUGUCAGCUGCGUUGAUUAUAGACGAACACGGAAAAGACUUGAAGACUCCAUGGGUGACGCCCAGACUGGAAAGCCAUCUGUAG